AUGGAUCACCUCCCAUACUCCUCCUGGAUAAUCAGACCUAUUCAGCUAUACCAUUGUGUCCUAUACCCUCCCAGAGGACCCCAGGGUCGUCAUUUUUUCAAGAGUUGGGGUCGAACUAUUCCAGUGACUGCCUCUGGACCUUCUACCAAUACACGCGUGACGAAAUCUCGGUACAUCGAAGACGGUGGAAGCCCAUCGGUGACCGCUACAAGCCGCUGGCCCGGUAUGGGACAAGGCAGUGCUUUAGGGCACCUGGUAGCUAUCGAUACACUAUCACGGCUAGCAGAACAGCUAUCUCUAACAGCCACUACUCUACACACAGCUCUAUUGUGCAAACAGCACAUUGUCAAUAUCCGUUAUCCAGUUUUGUGGGCUUUAGAAUGUGCCGAGUUCAACUAUUGGGCUGUUUGCAAAGAAUAUAAAUACAUAAAACAUGAGAUUCUCAGCGACAUGACAUUCGAUUUGCUAAAGAAAAAAGGAUAUGUGAAAAAAGAAAAGCCUGUGAGCUCCAUUAGAGUUCGAUCCCUAGGCAGCACAUUUGCAUACAUAGGACACUGCUACCUGCCAUUGCGGUCAGACGACCCAGUUCCGUUUUUGCUCCAUCACACGAAAGACAAUGGUCCCAGCGGUCCCAACAGAUUGCCGCGGCUUGACCUUGCUUUGUUCCGGAAGACUAAUUUAAAUGGAGGAUGCGGGCCUGGGGGCCGACUGUCCCACGGCCUCCUAGAGUUUCACCUGUUAUUAUCAUGUCAUGUGCGCCUUGGUAAUUCGACCCCCACCAGCCAUCUUAGCCAAGUAUUGUUCCAACUCGAGGAGCGAGAUAAGACUGCAGCUGAGUCCCAGAUUAAAAGGCAACAGAGCGGGGAGCAGCGAGGACUUUGGCUGUAA